UGUUGUUUUGGGCGGCGAAAUGAGCAGAUUUGUUUGUAAACUUUUACAGAGUGUAAACCAUAUAAAAUCGGGACAAAGAUCGAUUUGUUUAACUGCAGUAAGGAAUGUAGAGAGUGGAUCCCAGGAUGAUACUCCAACCCGAUCGGUGGUUGUGGAGAAAGACGCGCAUAUCACACUAAUUGGACUAAAUCGGGAGCAGAAACGCAAUUCCAUCGAUGCCCAAACGGCGGAACAGCUAACGGAUGCCAUCGUCCAAUUCGAGGCAGACGAUACCUCUCCGGUGGGUGUUCUGUAUGGCAUUGGAGGCUCCUUUUGCGCGGGCUAUGAUCUGGAAGAGCUGGAGGCGGAGGCGCAGCGUGGCAGUCUCAAUUUUCUGUUGCGUCACGAAGGCUCCAUUGGUCCCACCAGGCGGCAUCUGCGAAAACCUAUUGUCUGCGGCAUAAGCGGAUUCUGCGUGGCUGGUGGCUUGGAACUGGCUCUUCUGUGUGACCUACGAGUGAUGGAGGAUACGGCGGUCUUGGGAUUCUUCAAUCGCCGCCUCGGGGUUCCUUUGAGUGACGGUGGAACUGUGCGUCUAGCCGCCGCAGUCGGUUACUCCAAUGCUUUGGACAUUAUUGAGACGGGAAGACGUGUUUACGCCAGAGAGGCACUGAGAAUGGGACUGAUAAACCGAGUUGUUGCCACUGGCACUGCUCUGGGUCAGGCCGUGAAUCUUGCCUUCUCGAUAGCAAAGUUCCCAAUCGGCUCUCUAAUGCACGACCGGAAUGCUGUACUGGAAAAUGCCAACAAUAGACCAGGAUUCCAUGCUGGAACUUACAACGAGAUAAUGAAUGUCACUUCUGAUAUGGUCACCGAAAUGCAAGCCGGAGUAAAGCGAUUCAAGAACUCCGAGGUCAAAGGAGCAAAGGCCGACUCCUGGCACAUCAAGGAGAAAACCAUUCCAGAUUGGGAAAAGGAAGAAAUCGAAAUUGAAAGAAAACUGAAAAAGACAUGACCAACUCUUUAAUAUAAUUACCUCGUUUAAUCUCAAGAUUAGGUGCAAUUAUUUUGUUGUUAUUUAUAAAACGAAAGCCUUUAUUCACGUAAAA